UUGAAUGAAAUCUUGAAUUCUUCUCUGUUAAUCUCUUCUUCCCCUGUAACUCUUCUGUGUUCUUUCCCUUUCUAGAUUAGUUCCUCCUUUGGUUUGCAUCAUAGAACUGGAUUCUCCUUCUGUGAGACAAUGCACCAUGUGAUGAAUUCAAAUAUCAUGAGUCGAUUUCAUAAAUGAAAUAUUUCCAAUUCCAGUAAAAGUUAUUUCACUUUUCCCCAUAUAUUUAUUAUUUUCCUAUCCAAGCUAUGUUGUGAUAUUUUUUGGUGUUGGAUAAACCCGGGCAAUGGCACAAGUUGGUGGCUUGGUCAUGCUGCAACCAGAAGUCGGAGGCUUUCCUGACAAUUUCUUCUUCGCUGGAAUUGACAAAGUAAGAUUUAGGAAACCUGUAAUUGCCGGUGACACCUUAGUUAUGAGAAUGACGCUUGUCAAGCUGCAGAAACGCUUUGGAAUAGCAAAGAUGACGCUUGUCAAGCUGCAGAAACGCUUUGGAAUAGCAAAGAUGGAAGGAAAGGCUUAUGUGGGACAGGACGUAGUUUGUAAGGGUGAAUUUUUGAUUUCUAUGGCUAGUGAAUAAUCUAAUAGUUUUAAUAUUUCUUGCAAUUACUUCAUCUUUUUUACAUCCUGUUUCCCCCUUUUGUUGGUCCAAAUUUUUUAGGACUGUGGAGAGGUUGCAGGAGUAGUCCGUAGUCAGGAUGCAGUAAUGUCUACGCUACUUCUCAUCAAAGCAUUAAGUUUAGAGUA